UUUUAAGUAAAAAAAAUAGAAAAAUAAAUUUACCGUCGACAAACCGCAAUUGUCAAUAACAAGUGACGAGAAGUGAUACAUAAACGUUGAUUUUCUCGAUUUAAACGAUUUCUGUGUAGUGUUAACUUUUGUGCAAUGACUUGGGGAUUUGUCACUUGUGGUCCGAAUGAAGCCUUAGUUGUUUCAGGAUGCUGUUACAUGAAACCUUUGCUCGUACCUGGUGGUCGAGCGUUUGUCUGGCCGUCGGUUCAGCGAGUGCAGAGAAUCUCACUCAAUACCAUGACCCUGCAAGUCGAAAGUCCCUGUGUUUACACCAGUCAAGGUGUACCGAUAUCCGUAACCGGUAUUGCCCAAGUGAAAAUUCAAGGUCAAAAUGAGGAUAUGCUUUUGACGGCAUGCGAACAAUUUUUGGGAAAAAGUGAAACCGAAAUUCAGCACAUUGCAUUGGUGACUCUGGAAGGCCACCAACGUGCUAUAAUGGGAUCGAUGACCGUCGAAGAAAUCUACAAAGAUCGCAAGAAGUUCAGCAAACAAGUAUUCGAAGUUGCGUCAUCUGAUUUGGUGAACAUGGGCAUCACCGUCGUUUCGUACACACUGAAGGACAUUCGUGAUGAAGAGGUUGACGAAACUGGUCGCCGAGCAAGAAGAGCUCCUCAAGGCAGCGGUUACCUGAAAAGUCUUGGUAUGGCUCGAACAGCUGAGGUGAAACGUGAUGCUCGCAUCGGAGAGGCUGAGGCUCGCUGUGACUCGCAAAUAAAAGAGGCCAUUGCUGAGGAACAACGCAUGGCUGCUCGAUUCUUAAAUGACACAGAAAUAGCGAAGGCGCAACGAGACUUUGAAAUCAAAAAGGCAGCUUAUGAUGUUGAAGUACAGACGAAAAAAGCUGAAGCUGAAAUGGCCUUCGAACUGCAAGCAGCUAAGACCAAACAACGCAUCAAGGAAGAACAAAUGCAAAUUAAGGUAGUCGAACGAACGCAAGAAAUUGCCGUACAGGAUCAGGAAAUGAUCCGUCGUGAACGUGAAUUGGAAGCUACCGUUCAUCGUCCCGCCGAGGCAGAAAAAUAUCGCUUGGAAAAAAUCGCUGAAGCUAAUCGUAAUCGUGUGGUUCUCGAGGCCGAAGCUGAAGCCGAAUCGAUCCGAAUCCGAGGCGAAGCUGAAGCAUUUGCUAUUUCGGCCAAAGCGAAAGCCGAAGCUGAACAAAUGGCCAAGAAAGCUGAAGCCUGGAGAGAGUACCGUGAAGCUGCAAUGGUCGAUAUGUUGUUGGAAACAUUGCCGAAGGUUGCCGCCGAAGUUGCAGCUCCAUUGUCACAGGCGAAGAAAAUCACCAUGGUUUCAACCGGCGGUGGUGAGAUCGGUGCCGCCAAGUUGACCGGUGAAGUUUUGGCAAUUGUCAACAAAGUGCCAGAAUUGGUCAAAUCUAUAACUGGCGUGGAUAUUUCAAGGUCCGUACAUGCCGGAUAAGUUGCCAGUUAAACAAUCAAACAAAACAGACAAAAAAACAUGUAACUAUGUUGCUAACAGAAUAAAUAAAAAUCUAAGGCUUUCAUAGGUGAGUCUUUUCUAUAUUUUUACUAACAACAAACAUUUUCCGUCAUUUCUCUGCCAAGCCCAAUUUUUAAUGAGAAAUGACCAACCAAAGUGUAUUUACCAUGUAUACUUAAUUAUAAACCGAAAUGAGCCGCGUUAGUCAAAUAGUUUGUAAUAGUUUGUAAACCCAAAAAUUCUUGUACCUCUUGUACGUUUCUCGAACUUCUCGAAAUUUUUUUUUUGUCUUUUUUUUGGAAUACUCACUCGAUUUGUUCAUAAUAUGUAAGACCGCACAUGUAAAUUUGAUUUGGUUUAUUCACAACUUUUUGUUACAUCGGCGAAGAGCUUUCGAAAGCAAAAACGAAAGAUAGUAA